AUGGCCAAUGAAUUUUUGCAUCCUCGAUAUACCGCGGUCAUGGACGUCGCGCCGUCGACAGCACCAGUGUCUCCAUUUGCGCAACAACAACCCGGCCACAAUGGUGACUUGGGUCACCCGGGAGAUGAUAUCUGGAACACGUUCGAAGAUUACCUGGUAACGUGCCCAGACUUUGAUCCUGUCCUAAGUCCUGAUACGAGCGGACAAUCGAGGCCCCCUGCUGCUAUCGAUGGUAACGAGCGAUCUUCAGUGCCUUGUCAGCAACCGUCACGUCCUGUCAGCCUGUUGGAUACCGAUGGUCCUACAACUGCUCAGGCUCUUGGAAUGACCGCAGACAUCGAUACGUCCCUGAUGCUGCUGUUUCAACUGAACGGCGAAGGAAAAUUUUCAUUCAACAAGCUGACCUCCCUGUCUGUUGACCAGGAGAAAGUACCUCUCUAUUUCACUUUGGCUCAGCCAUCGGUCUUUACCGACAGUCGAGAAGAGUCCGGUCCAGAUCUACCUCUCGGAGAGCAGGCCCGACUUAAUUUGGAAUCUGUUUUCUCGGUUGAGGUUGGCCGACGACUCCUGGCUCUAUAUGAUGAGUAUGUUGCACCACAGUAUCCGAUAUUCGCCCUGUCCAACCCGCUCGACCCGACGAAUUCUCCACCAUACCUCCUCGCGGCUGUUUAUGCUAUAGUACAGCCAUUUAUUCCGCUCGAUGAGAUAUUGUUCAUUGAGCGUGCCUACGAUACGCCCCCUUAUGCACAGCUAUCCAGGAUCAGUUUGAAAGCGAUGUUGGCAGAACUGCAUGCUCCUCAGCUUCCUCUCAUCCAAGCUCUACUCUUGAUCGUGUUGCGCCCGCCCACGACCGAUCAUGUAUCCGAGGUAGCAUGGAAAUGGUGUCUGUUCGGCACCUUGAUCGCAGCAGCACAGACGCUUGGGCUGCAUCAAAAUCCCAGGACAUGGCGUAUUCCAGAAUGGCAAAUUUCACAGCGACGAAGAAUAUCAUGGUUGCUUUACGCCACAGACAAGUGGCUUGCUUGUGCAUUUGGCAAAGCGCCUCUACUGACGGCGGACAAUUGGCUUGUCAAUUCCUUGUCCGAGAGUGACAGUUUCGAUGCCGGAGUCGACCCAGAUAAUUGGAUCUACCUCUUAUCAUUUUCUCAUCUUACCUCAAUCCUAUCAAGGAGUCUGCAAAAGCUCUUUUCUUUGCGUGCAUUGGACACGUUGAUAUCCGACACGCUAGCGACAAGUGCACUUAUCCAGGAAUUUCAAACGGAAUUAGUUGCCUGGCGAAGCCAACUUCCAGAUGUACAGGAUGUUGUAGACCAACACAAGAAUACCCUAGCCUUGCAGACCAUGUGCAAGUUAGGUGAUGCUUGUUUAAUGAUUCAGCUUUCCCGCGCCAACAUUCGUCCGUACCUGGCUGCUGCCAAAACGCCAGACGGCAGCAACAGAAAUGCAGACGAUUAUAACCAUGUGCGAAGUCAAAGUCGAACAGCACUCCGGGAGGUUGUCAAUUUCAUCGAAGCGCUAGAUCUAGACCACGCCAACAUCUUUGUCCCGAUCUGGGGCCAGCAUACCGUCUCAUGCCUCUACCACACUCUACUACUCAUGGCACUCACUUCGAAUACCCUCGUGGAUGCAGUUGAAUGGACAAACGAUUUUCAGAGAGCUUAUGGAGAAUUGAGGACCAAGUCAAGACUGAUAAAGGCACUCCGUUUUGCGUACUUUCGCAUCGGUUCUAUAUUUUGGAAGGGUCUUGUAAAUGUCUUUCGGCUCGAACCCCAUAUUCUUGAAGCAUUCGAGACGACCAGGCUCAAUGUCGGGUCUAGCUGGAGAUGA